GUAGAAAUAAACAAAAGUUCCCGCGACUGUUGAAAAAGCAAAUGUGGCAAAUAAUUUGGGAUGUAGGGAGUAGUAUAUAUAUCCAUCCUCAAAUUAUGCAAAUGUGUUGAAGAAGGUAUGGCUACUCUUUCUUGUUUUAGCACCAUUCCCUCUUCUCUUUGUGCUGUCAAAAGCUCCUCAUUUACUUCUUCCAUCUCCAACAAAUCUUUAUCUCUGCUGCCAUUCACUCAUUCACCGCCCAAAACCUUAUCUCUUCCAACCCUAAAUCCCAACCACAGACGCUUUUCUCUGUGUCGGUCGCCUGCAGCCGGAGAAAGAGAAUCCCUUGCCCCGCAAACCCUGAAAUCCCGGCUCCGGAAUGGCGAGACGCUCUACGGGAUUUUCCUCCUCAGCUUCUCCCCCACGCUCGCCGAGAUUUCCGGCCUCGCCGGCUACGACUUCGCCGUCGUCGACAUGGAGCACGGCCACGGCGGGAUAUCUGACGCCCUCCCUUGCCUUCGCGCCCUCGCCGCCGCUCGUACUCCGGCCAUCCUCCGCAUCCCGGAGUCCUCCGACGUCUGGGCUAAAAAGGCCCUCGAUCUCGGGCCGCAGGGGAUCAUGUUCCCGAUGAUCGACAGCUCCGAAUCGGCACGGAAGGCCGUAUCUUACUGCCGAUUUCCUCCCAAGGGAAUCCGCGGGUCGGCGCACACGGUGGUUAGGGCUUCCCGGUACGGAAUCGACGAAUCGUACCUGAGCAAUUACGAGGAGGAGCUGCUGAUAAUGUGCCAGGUGGAGUGCGAAAGCGCGGUGGGGAAAGUAGCGGAGAUCGCCGCCGUGGAGGGCGUGGACUGCAUCCAGAUGGGGCCGUUAGAUCUGAGCGCUAGCCUGGGGUACCUGGCGGAUCCGGGCCACAAGAAGGUGAGGGAGGUCUUGAGGACGGCGGAGAAGGCGGUGCUGUUGACCAAUCCCGGCGAAGGGAAUGGGGCCUACCUGGCAGGGUUUGCAAUGGCGCAUGAUAAGCCGGAGAAUAUGAAGCAGAGAGGGUACCGGAUGGUGUCUGGGACUGUGGACGUUGGGUUGUUCAGGACGGCGGCGGUUGAAGAUGUGAAGAAAUUCAAGAAGAGUUUAAUGGCGGAAGAGGGUGAGGAUGAGGAAGAAGAGAUUGAAAAUGGGGAUGACAAGUACUGGAGGGAGUGAGUGAGAGUGAGUUCAGAAAUGGAUCAUCCAUAUCCAUUUCUGACAAUAAAACUUUGUGGUUUGCAUCUGUGGGUGUGGAUAUUGAAAUAAAAGUUGAUUGCAAUUGUGUUCAUAACUUUUUGAAAGGGGUAUUAUGAGUACUAUGAGUAUUAUCCCAACAUAUUCAUUGGAAAAAUACUAUUCUCUCCGUCCUGUAAUGUUCUUUACACGGUUAAGCCUUAAUUACUUUCUUUACCUAUUUUCAUUAGGUAAAUGAUAAAAUAAUAUAGUCUUGUCACCACU